UUUGUCAGUGUAACUCAAUUUCAACAGGUUCCACCUCUGAUAAGCCAAACCUUUGCCACACUCCACUCCAGCAGGUGGCCAUAGAGAAAUGUAUUUACUCGUUUACGACAAGAGCGCAAAUGAUUUAUUGUCACCGGAUGUCUUUGUCGCUGAUUCUGCACAUGAUGAAAACAACGGUUUCCCACUAGAUAUUACAGCCACAAAGGCAUCAUUGGCUACAAAAUGUUAUUUUUGGUAAUCAUUUAAGGGAAGGGUUACACUUAAAAUAAGUUUUUAAUAACAUACAUUGUAGAAAUAGCGGAGUUUAGCCACAAUUAUGACUUUGUGACUGUGUUAAUCAUUCAUCAGCGGUGUUACAUUAGUGACGAAAACAACCCAGACGUUAGCUAGCAACUCGCGUUAUCUAACAAGUAAAAAUGUCUAACAUACAGUUGUUGAGGGUUUUUCUCAACGAGAGAUUAACAUAUGCUGCCGAGGAGAUAUUCGGGGUCGUUGAAAAAACUAUAGUAGAGUAUCAGGAGGAAGUUGUCCGUCUACAAAGGCUGCUCGACAUAGUUCUUCAACCUGAGAUAAAGCUACGCAGGGCAGGUGUGUUACUCGACCUCUCUCUCUCCGUCUCUGAAAUGGAGGUCCCCCCUGAUCAGCAAGAGUGGAACACCAGUCUGAGGCAGGAGGACCCACAGCCCACACAGAUAAAAGAGGAACCGGAGGAAAUCGGGACCAGUCGGGAAGAAGAGCAGCUUCAAGGGCUUGAGGCAGAUACCAUAGACUCCAUUUUCACUCCCGCCUAUGUGAAAAGUGACUGUGAUGAGUACCCAACUCACCCCUCACAUCUCUAUCAAACCCAAAAGGAAGAAAACGUAGAGAGAGACACUCUACCCAGUACUACAUCUGAACCGAUCAAAACACAACUUGACCGAGAGAACUAUGUAGAAUCAGAACCAACCAGUGUCUCGCAGACAUUCUCUGAAGCAAAUCCAGACUGUUUUGCAGCUCAGAGUGAAAACAGUAAAAGUGUUAGUGGCAUGGAGAAGGGAGGACCUGCGAGAGGUUUUAAGCCAGUCAAAUCAAAGAGAAAACAUAUGGUAAAAGGGCAAAACUCCCGUAUCACUACUAUGGGCAGCACAUCCACACAGUUGUCCCAUCUGAAAUCACACAGGCAAAGUUUUGCUUCUCCCUGUUGUUGCAAGGUGUGUGGCAAGUUUUUUAAUUACAUGAGUACAUUAAUUAGACAUGUUAAAACCCAUACAGGGGAUAAAGAUCAUCAAUGUGGUGUCUGUGGGAAAAGUAUGGAGUCCACAGAAAGUAAGAAAGAUCACCUCCAAACUCACAUUGCAGCUAAUGUUUCUUGUCAUGUUUGUAGUAAAUAUUUUUCCUGUAACAGUAAACUGACAGAGCACAUGAGGAUCCACACAGGGGAGAAACCAUAUCGCUGCUGUGAUUGUGGCCAAGGAUUCAGCACUAGCGGUGGUCUGAAAAGACACACGCGGAGACACUCGGGAGAACAACUGUAUCACCCUGAUUGUGGCAAAGGAUUCGGCACCAGCGGUGAUCUGAAAAAACACACUAGAAUUUACACAGGAUUAUCCAUAUCGCUGCCCUGAUUGUGGCAAAGGAUUCCAGCAAAUACCUUCUCAGGACACACACGCUGUGAGACAUAUGAGCUGAGACAGGAUGUCGAAUCCUGACAGAGAGCUAGCUAACGUUACUAGCUAACGCUAGCUAGCUCGUGUAGCCAAUUUAUACUCCGCUAACUCUCCCAACUUUUACCACUACGAUACUAACACACUUAACAUGACGCCCUGGACCAGAGCUACUGACAUGUAGCCAGCUAGCCAACGUUAGCCACACAUUUGUAACGUAUAUUAAUUAAAUUUAUAUCACACGAAUUGGAGGGACCGAUACAAAUUCACACAUAGAAAUGUAACGUCAUACAAAACGGAGGGACACAAGAAAAGUUUACUAUGUUACGGCUGGAGUUCAGACUGCAUACCAUGAGAUGCAAAAAUACCAUCUCAGACAGGCAGCUUCAGACCGCAUAAUCUGCAGCUGGAUGCGUCUCAAGGAUUCAGCAUUGCUGGUAAUCUGUCAAUGCACAUAAAGGUUCGCACAGGAGAGAAAAUACAAAAGUAUUCAGUCCUGGCAUCAAUCUGAAAGUGGACUUGAGGACUCACAGAAGCACUGUAUAGGUGCAAUGAUUGCAGAGUUUUUAAAAUGUUUAUUAUAGAACUCCUACAAAGUUACAUUAACGAUGGUCACAAGAUGGAGGAAACAUGAUAAUGUGCUGUUUGGGGAAAGUCCUCAGACAGAAAAUGUAGAGGUGCAUUCUAACAGACAGAGAGAGACACUCUACCCAGGACUACAACUGAAAUUAUCAAAACACAACCUGACGUAGAGGACUAUAGAAAAUCAGAACCAACCAGUGUCUCUCAGCCAUUCUCUGAAGCAAAUCCAGACUAUUUUGCAGCUCAGAGGGAAGUCAGUGAAAGUGUCAGUGGCAUGGAGAAUGCGAUAGGUAGAUGCUCCUCAGGACAAUGCUCUUGGAUUAAUAAUAUAUGACUGAAUUACAAGUGGUGUAAAAUAACUAAGUUAAAAUACUCCAAAUGACUAUUUAAGGAGUUUUUUUGGGUAUCUUUACUUUACUAUUUAUAUUUUUGUAACUUUUACUCCACUACAUUCCUAAAGAAAAUAAUGUGUGAUAAAAAAUAAUGCCAUACCAUCUGACACCCAAAAGCACUCGUUACAUUUUGAAUGCUUAGCAGAAAAACAAAAGGUUCCUAUUCACGCGCUGAUCAAAAUAACAUCCCUGGUCAUCUCUACUGCCUCUGAUCUGGUGGACUCACAAAACACAAAUGAUUUGUUUGUUAAUUGUCUGUUUGUUGCAGUGUGAGUGUUGGAGUGUGCCCCUGGCUAACCGUAAAUAAAAAAAUAUAAUG